AUGGAUCGAAUGAGCGGGUUCACGACAGGUGCUUUGGUAAAGCAGCCAUUGCCUGUUGUGUUGGAAAGAUUUGGUGGUUUCUUUGUCCAGCAUGUCGCCGAAGAGGGCUACUUGACCUUCUUGAAGUCUUUGGGUGGCAAUCUGUUCCAGUUUCUGUCGAACAUCAACAUUUUGCAUCACACCAUCGAGCGGGACAGCAAGGCGGCCGUCUUCCCACUGUUUUCGGUGAAGCAUCUGGACGGGGAUCCGAAGUCGGAGCACCACGUUUUCCUGCUGACCUAUGGCAGCAUGCGGCCGGGGCUGACUCCGUUCCUCACCGGUGUCUUGACCAAGGCUGCCUUCCUGCUGUUCAAUUGCACCGUGGAUAUACAGGAUGUGACCGACAGCUUUCCACCGGAGAUGGGCAAAGAUGUUCUGGUGCAAUCAUCAUUCCGCGUCACUGCCUCGCGUGUCAGUGGCUUUUCCACUUCCGAGACCCAGCCCAAGCGGGGUGACGAGUUUACUUCCACGAGGAGCUUUUUCGAUUUCCACAAGAUGCUUUCUGCCAUGUGGCGCUGCGAUUGCACUGGAGGGAGCCAGGAGGGGUUCAAUUUGACCCAGCUUGACCGAGUGCCGGUCCAAGACAUGGAGCCGGAAGUCUGGGCCGUCAUCAUGGAGAAGCAGGACAAGAUAGACGAGAUCCUCCGAGCAUAUGACGGCAUUGAUGCUGGCGUCAAUGUCGUACCACGAAUGACUGGAGGAGACAGAAUGCGACUGGCCGCGGUGCUAUUUCGUGGAAUCGCGGCGGGAAGCGUUAGCGCAUCAUGGACAGAAGCCGCACGACUGCAAGACAUGGGUGAGUUCUGGGCCACGAACUCCGUCAGUUUUGGCGACAAGUUCCGUGAGUCCAAGGACUGGUUUACCAAUGGCCAGGAGAGCAUCGUUGCCGCUCGCAGGACACACGGCGAGAUUCUUUUCGUGUCACACUGCUGGAGCGCACCGCGAGAGUGGGGCAUGGCGACUGCUGGGAAGUCUCCUUACGGGCAGGCGAAAGCUGCAGAGCUCUGCCUGCACGCAAAGCAGGUCGCAGAUUCCUUCCAGAGUGGUGAUAAAGACUGGAAAAAGGUCGGCUUUUGGAUUGACAAGGCUUGCAUCCCGCAGAGCGAUCCUGGGCUAAUGUCCUGGUGUGUCAAUCUUCUGGAGGAGUUUAUUGCCUUGUCUGAUGGCAUGGUGGUGCUUGCUUCGUGGAAUUACUUCAAUCGGCUUUGGUGCGUCUACGAAUGGGUUUGUGGGCUUCUCAUCCAUGAUGUUAUGGAGAUCGAAAUCCUCGCAGACCCCUUCGUUCGCGAUUCUACUGUGGAUCUCUACUUGGAGUGCAUUCGGAACUUUAGCAUCGCCAGAUGCGAGUGUGCAGUGGAGAGCGACCGGCAGAUCUUGAUCGACAAGGUCAACACCUACUACAAGUCUGUGGAAGACUUCGAGAGGUUCUUCCAGUUCACCGUCAUCGCCUGCUUCAUCCGCUGCAUGGCGAGAAGGAGAACCGCGCGAGCGGGAGCCUCGCUCAUGCCCUGGCCGCCUGGCAAAAAAAGGUGA